AUAGGCCUAACACUCUUUUAACUUGCUGUCUCUUACAUUGUGCAACCAGGAAGUUUAAAAGGUAGAAUUACAUAUUAUUAGUGGCGUGUGUGUGACUCUGUGAGUGUGUAUGGGCCGAAAAUCGUUGUCUCGAGACGCUUGUAGGUAUAAAGUCCCUGACACAUUGGUUUCCCAAUCAUUAACUGAUCACGCAACCAUAACAGUGAUACCACCAUGCUUGAGUCUUCAAUGAGCGCGCGUGCGAUGUAUCAAUAAUACAUAUAAAUGUGACUCUGUCUAACGCAUCUUGCGUGUAUUAAAAUAUGGCAGGUAUAACAGAGGCAGAUAUUUUGAACUCUGAGGAGUUUGAUGACAUUUUUGAGUAUGCUGACAAACUGGGAGUACCACUCGAUGGACUCGAUGCACUUGAAGACAUGCAGGAACGACUGGUAAUGCAGCUAAAGAAAAACGAAUUCGGGAAUCCAAAGGCCUGGAUCGCUAAAUCGCUGGAAGUUUCGCAAAAGGAGGACACACACAAGAGAUUGAAAAUUGGCAUACUUCUCGAAGAGUUUCAAAAGUGCAUUUCGGAAUGUCAGAAUGGGAACGGCAUCGAUGCCAUAGAAGACCUAUUACGAACAGAAGGAACUGUGAGAGAUUUGAAACAAGAGCUGGGACAGCACAUUGAACGAAUGAAGAAAGGAGACUGUGUGUUUGUAGUUGCAGGCGAAACUUCGGCUGGAAAGUCGAGUUUACUUAAUCUACUACUUGGACAGCCAAUCUUACCAUCCUUCACCGGAAGUUCCACUUCAGUGAUAACUCGCAUAUCCUACGGAAAGAAAAUGAACGCGGAAAUCGUAUAUCAGGAGAGUGGCACCCCCACAGAGAAAUUCGACAACAUCAAUAUGGAGUGGGCACACGAGUUCCUUUGGGACCGGUUACGAAUCAAGGACGAAAACAAACGACAGACACAGUCACAUAUCAAGGAGAUAAGGUUCCAAGUGCCAUGCGAGGUUCUUAGGUGUGGUAUUGUGAUCGUCGACUCACCCGGAAUAGGCGAAAAUGAGGCUAUGGACAGUGUUAUUGCCGACUUCAUUCGAGAGAACGAAAUUAUGGGAUACAUCUACGUCAUCAAAUCAGACAAUUCAGGAGGAGUAGACGAGGACAGGUUCCUAUGCUUGCUGAAGAUGGUCAUCGACAAGCAAAAGAUGAACCAACAAGAAAGACUGGAACAUUUCGACUCCAAGAGCGCGAUGUUUGUGUGUAACCGAUGGGACUUGGUAAAGUCAGGUGAACAGGAUCUAGUCUUUAAUAACACCGUCAAACUCCUACGAGAAUGUUGGCCGUCCCUGGCGACCUCUCAGGUGAUCCGCUUCAAGACGGAAUACGCUAUUAAGGAGGCUGAGUGUGAUCCAGACUUUAUCCCGGAGUUGUACCGAGUGUUCCUGGAAUGCCUCCGAGACAUGUAUAUCCAUGCCAUGGAUCAUCGGAUACAACAGACCUACAAGUGGAUGGACGAAGUGUUCACCAGAUCUAUCUUCCAACUUCAGGCUUUGCUUGCUCAGGUCAACAUGUCGGAAAAAGAAAGGAUUGAAAAAGUUGAAGAUAUCAAAAAGAAACUUCAUACAUUGGAAAGCAAGUCCUAUGACGUUAUUAACUCAUUGAAGGAGGAUGUUGAGCAAACGUCAAAUGAAUUAUGCGAAGAAUUCCGACCAGAGCUGAUGAAACCCUACUCGAAAAUAUCUCUGACAAAGUGGCUACCAGAGGAAUUACCUCAGUUGGACGAUAGAGGCUGGCCUUAUUUGAAGAUGAAUCUGCGCUGGAAGAUAGCUGAAAGAGUAAUAAGACUCAUUGAGGAAUGGGAAUCUGAAAAAGGAAAGAUCGCUGUCGUUGAAGAAAGAACAGCAAAUGUCAUGAAAUUCCAGUUAAACUUGCUGCAGGCCGAAAUGAAGAAAAUAGAAGAUGGCAUGAACGCGAAAGAAUCUUGUACAAGAGAAAAGUUGCGAAGAUCAAUUUCAAACCCGCUGACUCUAAGGAGGAUGUCAAGGGUAUCCAUUUCGGAGCAACAAUCGAGCGAUCGUGCAACACCGUUGAAACUCAUAACAAGGGUGCUUCACCCAGUACAGAAUGUUGUAGACAAUAUUAGGUCAACGAAACUUAUUGACAAAUAUAUUCUUGCAAAAAAGGAAAAGAAAUACAAAGAAAACCCUUCAAAAAUAGCAAGAGAGCAGACAGAAAAAUUCAUCCAGGAAUUGAUGGAGCCGCAACAACCUGGUGAAGAUAUCCUCCAACAAAUCAUCUCUAACCUGCUGGAGAGAUCCAUGUCUCAACUUGCUGAGAUAGAGAGGAACAUCCCAUCACUUAUCAAAUCUAACGAGAUGUUGCUAGAUCGCGCUCUGUCCUUUCAAAAGAAUAUAGUAGAGAGCAAAGGUCUGUAUGAAAAUCUGAAUAAAAGUCUAGAGGGAACUAAACGACGUCUUGAUCAUUACUACAAGGGCUACAUUUCUGUCAAGAAUAUGCGCGAAGUUGAUAUCUGCACUCCUGUGGAAAAUGGGCGCAGGCGCUCCAGGUCCUUCAGAGCAUCUGAGAUUCUCCACACGUCUUUUUUCAAAAAGUCUGCCGACAAACCAACAUCAGAAUGGCGUAAUGGAUUGUGGACAGUGGUCAAGCGGGGGCAGUGCAACAAAUGCGAUAUAACUAUGAAGAUGUAUCUGCCAUCCUCUCGCAUAGACACGACCUACAAUGAAGUAGCCAAGCUGAGAUUCCUCAAUGAAAAAACUAUGGCCGUUUUGGAAGGUAUACACUACUCGGAUGCACCACCUCCAGUCUUCAUCUUUCAAGACCACCUGUACACCUUGGCGGAGCGCCUACCCUGCUGGCCAAGUAGCACUAAGUGUAACAAGCUGACCGUCAUCAAGCAGAUAAUUGAUGGGCUCUGUUACCUCCACAAACAUAAGCUGGUGCACAUGGAACUGUGUCUCGACACUGUCACUGUCAGCAGAGAUGGGGAAGUGAAACUUGUAGGAGGAUGCUUGCCGAGAGAAUUCGUGCAACCCUCAGAAACGGAGUUGGUCGGCAAUUUUGCUUAUUUGUCCCCAAACGUCCUAAGAGGAAGCACCUACUCCAACGCUUCCGACAUGUACGGACUCGGGCUUCUGGUGUUUGAACUUCUGCUCGGUGUGACGGCAUUCCGGUCUCAUCGCGAAACACUGCUCCUGAACUUCAUCAAAAAUGUUGAUCCUCUAACAAUGGUUGAUCCUGCAGAUGACUUGCAGCGGUUAUCAUGUGGAACUGCAGAGUUUAUUCGUAGUUGCCUAAGUCCGACAAAGGAAGAUAUGUUUCCCUGCGCUGGAGAUAUUCAAAAAGCACUCGAGUGCAUUGGACAGGAAAAUUUGGAAAUCGUACGAGAAAACCCUACAAAAUAUAGCUUGUUUGGAGAGAAAGAGGAACGCUGAAUGAUGAGCUAUAUGCGCCCUGUCACAUUACCGUAUACAGUGGCAUCAAGCACGAGAGGUUCAGGUAGAACUUCCACCGGCAUUGUCAAGUUCUUUUUCUGUAAAAUGAACAGAGAACUAGAAUAUUUUUAUAAACAUUACUAGUGAUGUUGCUCAAACGUUUUAACAAAAGUGAUUUCAUGACCUUUAAGCUUUAAACUCCAUGCUUUAUAAAUCAGAGGUCUGGGGGUUCAAGUCUGGGGGUUCAACCCCCGCGUAGUGGCGAUUUUGUGAAAGAGGAAAAAUUCUAUGAUUUUUUGUAUUUUUAUUUUUGUAUUUUUCAGAAUUUUGGUAACAGUACAAUUCACUAUCAACAUUCUAAUCAGCACGCGGAAAAAUAGAAUCGAUAUAUUUCUUUCGUAAAUAUCAAAGUCUUUUAGUACAGAAAACGGAAAAGCAUCUCAAAGUCUUUCAGUCAGAAAAAUACCAAACAAAUUGUAAUUCUUCUUCGGAGGUCACAUCUCAGAGUCCCGGGAUUACCUGCUUUGACUCACAUCGUGACAGGCUGACAUACCAUAAACUGAACCGUAUAUAUGUGUCAGUAAAGUUUCCAGAUAAGAACAUUGUGAAGAAAAGUAUGGUAAUUGUUAUGUACGUCCUGAAAGAAUGAUCUUUUAUAUAUGUUAAAAAUAUAUUUUUUACUAUUUCUCACUUUCGUAUUGAAAUCAAGUGUCCGUUUUAAUCUAUUUCCUAUACUAAUAUAUUUGCAAAUAAUUGAAACAAUUGAAAUGAUAAGUCAUCGUUUAUUUUAAUAUCUUACCUACACCGUUUUCAUCACACAACCCAUUUUACCUUUUCAGAGAUUUUGUUUUACUUUAUACGUGAAUGUUUCAUUUUCAAUUUCAUUGUUUCUUCAAUAAAGAGAUUCUGACGAACAUAUGACGAAGUGAAAGCGCUUGGAAGUUUCUCAGAAUCUCUUUGUUUUAUGUAAGUAAUUAUCUGUUCGUUAACUGUCUGAUAUAUUUGUUAACUAAGAUUUUAUUUCAUUUUGCUUAACUUACAAAUAAAUUACAUUUGAUUUUGAUACUCAUGUUUUACGUAACCUUUGUGAAUCAUUUCAUUCAUCUCCGUCCUACACCUCUUGCUAGUGUCAAACGCGUAAUACCGUCUUGCUGUUUGUCUUCCAGUUAAAUCGUACGUGGCCUUUCUCCUUCACCUUCUAGGCUUUCAUGGAGUUAAAUGCUAAAGAGGGAUCAUUUACAACUUGGUGUCAUAUUUGAGAAACUAGUUCGAGAUAGCUGACUUUUUCCUUUAAAAAAUAUGGACAGGGCGGAGAAGGUCUACAAAAUAAUUGCAAUGAGAUGAUCAGUUAUUUUGGACUACCAGACACACUGGCUUGAGUUAUAAUGCUGUUCAGUAUGUGUUAUCCAAAUAUCCGAACAAUCAUUUUUUUCCCUUUUUCCGUAUAAACGAUAUCAAUUUUUUUUUUCUUUCUCAAAAUUUUUUUUUUUUGCACUCUCAUAUUUUAGUUUAAAGCUGCCGUUGGCAGCACAGUCCAUUCCCAAAACAAACCUUGAAUAAACCCGAGCACACACUAUAGAUACGCGCAUUGUGGAAAAUGAUACCCUUUGUCUCAUGCAGUGCAUCACUCUUUUAAGAAAUAGAGCGUUGUCCCUGUAUUUCUCUCCAUAACUGAGAAAUAGACCAACUGUCUUUGCAAUUCAUAACAGAUACCUAGACAGGCUGUAUACUUGCAAUAUGUAAAACGUUUCUAUGUAAGCUGAGUUAAGAGCAUCCUGGCUAUAUAUGGUAUAUUAAACAAAUGUUAUCAGGGUUUUUUAAUAAUUGCAAUAAUAUUGAACAUUAUUUUGAAAAAAUGUUUGGAACAUGUGAUUUUAUUAUUCACAAUUAGUCACAUAUGAUGUGGCAAGGAUGCCAGAUAUACUUAUGUAAAAAUAUUGUAGUUGUGAUGUAUGUGAAUACUAUCAAAAAAACCCAAGAGAUUUAACUUCUGAACUUUUCUUGUUUUUUUAUUUCCGAGUUACUUCCCUUAUAAGUUCAUUUCGGAUUUCCGAGCAAUGCAGUCUCAAUUAUUUUCUGAAAACUGUUUGAUAUUCUUGAAUUAAUUAUGUUUACUCGUGUCAUGUUAUAAUAAUACUUUGCAAUCAAAUUUACUAUUUAUACAGAACUGUUUACUUCUUUCUAGAAAUUAAUACGCUGCAAGUGCGUAUACAAUUCUAGUUUGUUUACAUGAUAUUUAAAUGUAGGUGUUAAUUUCAAAGAACCUGAUGUCGAUUUCGUUUCUUGCCACGACAAUGAUAUUGAAAUUGACAUACGUCACACUCCUUUGAACUGUGUAUUGUCUGGAGAUACCAGGGAGAGGACGUUAAUUCAUUGUUUUAAUAUACCAUACCUAUACAUGUUUUCUAGUCAGGUCGACAAUGGUUCUGGCAUAAAAUAGCUAUCUUGUAAAAGGCCGGACAAAACAUCUCCCAUGAUAACGCAGUUAUCGUACUCGAUCAGAUGGUCUAAUUUAGAAGCCAACAUGACGAUGAAAUUAUUUGGUUUAAGGAUCCCUGUACCACUGCCAAAACCUGGAACUACGUAUACGUAUUGGUAACUGGUUUGUCUAGCUUUGAUAAUCACCUCUGUAAAGAUCAGCAUAUACCCUGCGGUACUUGUAUGAAAAAAAUAAACAGGUGAAAUUAACAAAAUAAAAAAUCAACACCAGUGUCCUUAGUGUAAAAUAUUAGUAAGACUACACCGGGAUUCGGACCCUGGUCUUCAGAUUGUUAUAUCCAGCGCGAUAUUAAGGUAAGGCUACCAUAUAUACGUAAAACUACAAUGCAACGGGAUAGGGGGUCCUGAAGCUAAUACUUUAAGUUGGUUUUUAGAAUGAAAAAUAUGACAUUUCUGUGCGUGUAUUAUAUAAUCUUUAUAUUAGAACAAAUGAUUUGGAUUCGAAAAUGAUGGUAAAACAAUCAUUAAGACUUCGUUAAUAAUUUUACCAAAUUGUUCCUCCUCAUUGUAGUCUGUAUUCUAUUAUAACACACCACAAUCGUUGGUUAUUUCUCCAAUAGUAAUAAAUGAGAAUGAUACAUGACAGAUCAGCGAAAUGUGUUCUUUUAUGAAAUACCUUUCCACAGAAAAUUAUCUGAAUGAUUAAUGAAAAUCGACUUGACAUGUUAGGAUCACACAAAAUACAUGUUCAUUUGGUUAUAUAACAUAACAUACUCGGCUGUUUCAUUCUGAUUUUGUUCCAAAUAUGUAUUUUUUAUUAUUAUUUUUUCUCCAAGAUUAUUUGAUGACCAUUGAAAUCACGAUAUAGGUAUAAUCCUACUACAAUCGCCUGUCACACUAACCUUCGAUUACCAUCCUGAUUACAGGUGAGUCGAUGAUCGAAUAGGGAAAAAAGGUAGAUCUAUAUUACGUUACAGUUAUCCGAUAUUUCAAAAAAGGAAAACAUUGAGGAUUGUGACAUGAUCGAAACAGUUAUAAUGAAUAAAUGGUUGUCAUCGCUUAGCAUAUUAUAAUUAUCGAUAUUGGUACCCUGCUUCAGUACAGUCAUGGCAUUAAACAUGAAACCCAGGGACCAGAUACAGUAAGCUUAACUAAAUUAACCUGUCACAAGUACAAUAUUAUUUAGGCAUUAUUGUGAAAAAAAUCAUUUUUAAUUCAAAAAUCACUUACAUAUAUUAUUAACUAUGACAAAUAUCGACGAUAUAUUAUCGCAUUUAAUGUAAUGUUAAGCUGACAAAAUUACUGACAACCGGUAUGUUGUACUCGACACACCUGGACAUUGUAACUAACAGGUGGGCAUACCUACACAAGGGAGGUAACCGGCCAGUGUUCAACGGAAAGGUUGACAACACAGGUCAUUUGUGUCGGACUAUAUAUAUAUAUUCAUCAUGAUUCCAAUUCGUUUCUAUUUUAUUUUAAACGUGCAUUAUUAUUCAAAUUCAAUAAAAACACACUGAUUUGAUUUCGAAUAUAAUACAUGAUACUGAUAUAUUACGUUUUUAAUAUAGAUAUUUAAGUAUAUUGUCUAUACGCCAUCGGAUGGAUAACUUGAAAAUACAUUCUCAAAAUCGUGAAUUAUGCAGAUGACAAUGUAUUUCAGAACCAGAAUAAUAAUCCACUUUCUGUUCGUUUUAUAUUUUACCUUGAAACAUUAGAGAUGUAAGCGUGUUGUUGUUCCAUAUUAUUGAUUCGUUUUAAUAAAAUACUCACCGGUAAAAACAAUAUUGUUGGGGUUUAUUUUCGU